GCGUUCUGAGCGCAGAACGGUGAGCAUCAUAGGCUGCAUUUAAGGAAACGGGCCACCACAGCACUUUUUUGACUUUCCAUAAUGUUCUAGAAUCGGCCACUAUAGGCUCUUUAUACAUUUCAAGGAGGAUGUUUGCUGUUGGGUCCACGAACGACGUUUUGCUGUGAAACCGCCGACGGUGGGAAUCUCUGGUCUAGUUCAGAGAGAGAGAGAGAGAGAGGGAGAGAGAGGGGGAACCUUCAAUUAUUUCCUGCGCCAAGAAUCCCAAAGACAUGGUCCUUCCAUCCAAUCUGUGAUGAGCGGGCUGUGAGCGCGAGCAGGACGUGUGCUGCCGUACUUUCCCAGAGGAUGCUGCUCUGCUGAGGGAGGACCGCCCCGGGACCCCCCCUCCCCGCCGCCCCCAGGGCCCCUCCGUCAGGGACCCAGCAUGUCGUACCACCACCAGCACCACCAGCGCCGCGCCAUGAGCUCCGAGGAGAGGUGCGCCACGCCGGUCAACAAGAUCUCCACGCCGACGCACAAGAGCGCCUCCUCCUCCUCCUCUUCGCAGCGCGACAGCCGACAGGAGGCCGACAGCUGGGAGAUCAUCGAGGGCCUGAAGAUAGGCCAGAGCAACGUGCAGAGACCGGACAAACACGAGGGCUUCAUGCUGAAGAAGCGGAAAUGGCCGCUGAAAGGCUGGCACAAGCGGUUCUUUGUUCUGGACAAUGGGAUGCUGAAGUACUCCAAGUCUCCCAUCGAUAUCCAGAGGGGUAAACUGCACGGCAGCAUCGACGUGGGGCUGUCCGUCAUGUCGGUGAAGAAGAGGGCGCGGCGCAUCGACCUGGACACCGAGGAGCACAUCUACCACCUGAAGGUCAAGUCCCAGGAGAUCUUCGACGCCUGGGUGUCCAAGCUGCGCCACCACCGGCUGUACCGGCAGAACGAGAUCGUGCGUUCCCCGCGCGACGCCACCAUCCGGAUGUUCCCCCCCCCCCCUCCGGCGCCGGCGCCCGCAGCGGCGGAGUCACCGCAGCCCCCGCCCCCCGCGGUGCACGAAGUCAAGGCUAAGCCCAGUAACCUCCCGUGGCAGCCCGUGGCCCCCAGCAGCAGCAGCUGCAGCAGCAGCCUCCCCGCCUCCUACAGCAACGGGCAGAGCAAGGUGGCCGCCUGGCUCCAGGAGUCUGAGGAGAUGGACAAGUGUGCGGAGGAGUUGGCACGCUGCCAGUCGAGCCUGAUGGAGCUCAGUAAGUUACUGCAGAGUCUGGAGAUUCUCCAGCGCACCCAGUCUGCCCCCAACUUCACAGACAUGCAGACCAAUUGCGUAGAGUUAUCAAAGAAAGAGAAGCGGUUGAACCGAAGAUGGAGAACAAAAAGUGUCGGGAAAGACUCUAAGUUCCAGCUCCAGGUACCCCUGUCCUCGGCCAUCCCCCCGGUCCGCCUCCACUCGUCCAACCCCAACCUGUGCGCUGAGCUGGUGGACUUCCAGGUGCCGCCGCCGCGCCACGCCGACUGCGUGGAGGGGGCCGGCGACUACAUCAAGCUGCAGGAGGACUUCUGCACCAUCGCUCAGAAGGUCCAUUGCCUGCUGCGGUCGGCCUUCAACACGGUGGGCAUCGAGAAGGAGAAGAUCAAGCAGAUCCUGUCGGACCAGGAGCAGAGCAGCCAGGCCGCCCAGAUCAACACCCUCAGGAAGUCCCUGUCCCAGGCGCUGUCACAGAACGCAGAGCUACGCACGCGCCUCAGCCGCAUCCACUCCGAGUCGGUCCUGAGCGAACAGGUGGUCAGCGUAAACAUCAUCUCCACGCCAGACGAGGGUGAGCAGAUGGGGAUCCCUCUGACCCAACAGGCCUCGAAUGAGAGCCGUCUCUCCAUGUCCGAGUCGGUGUCCGAGUUCUUCGACGCCCAGGAAGUGCUCCUGUCCGCCAGCUCGUCAGAAAACGAGGCCUCAGACGAUGAGUCAUACGUCAGUGACGUGAGCGAUAACAUUUCGGAGGACAACGCCAGUGUGACCGAUAAUGUCUCCAGACAGAUGGCCAACGGCGACUUCGUGGCCAGCGCUUUCCGCAACGGACGGCGUAUCUGCCUGCCGGCGCCGUCCCCGGACACCAGCAACAUCAACCUGUGGAACAUCCUGCGCAACAACAUCGGCAAGGACCUGUCCAAGGUGUCCAUGCCGGUGGAGCUCAACGAGCCGCUCAACACGCUGCAGCACAUGUGUGAGGAGCUCGAGUACAGCGAGCUGCUGGACAAGGCCGCCGAGACGGAGGACCCCUUCGAACGCAUGGUCAUCGUCGCAGCCUUCGCCAUCUCAGGCUACUCUUCCACCUACUACCGCGCAGGAAGCAAGCCAUUUAACCCUCUACUCGGAGAGUCCUACGAAUGUAUUCGGGAGGACAAGGGCUUCUGUUUUUUCUCUGAACAAGUCAGCCAUCAUCCCCCCAUCUCGGCUUGCCACUGCGAAUCCAAGAACUUCACCUUCUGGCAAGACGUGAGAUGGAAAAACAAAUUCUGGGGGAAGUCGAUGGAGAUUCUCCCGAUCGGGACGGUGAACGUCAUGCUGCCAAGGUUCGGGGACCACUAUGAGUGGAACAAGGUCACCACCUGCGUACACAACAUCCUGAGCGGCAGACGCUGGAUCGAGCACUACGGCGAGAUCACCAUCAGGAACACCAAGAGCAGCGCUUGCCUGUGCAAACUCACCUUCGUCAAGGGAAACUACUGGAGCUCCAACGUGAACGAGGUGCAGGGCUUUGUGAUGGACCAGGAAGGGAAAGUCGUCCAUCGGCUGUUUGGCAAGUGGCACGAGGGCCUCUACUGUGGCGUUCCACCCUCUGCCAAAUGCGUCUGGAGGCCAGGUUCCAUGCCCACAGACUACGAGCUGUACUAUGGCUUCACCAGGUUCGCUAUUGAGCUCAAUGAGCUCUGUCCAGAGUUAAAAGAUGCCCUGCCGCCCACAGACGCCAGAUUCCGACCCGAUCAAAGGCACCUGGAGGAGGGGAACCUGGAGAUGGCGUCGUCGGAGAAGCAGCGCAUCGAAGACCUGCAGCGUGUCCGCAGGAAGUGGAACGAGGACAACAACAUCAGACCCCAGCCUCGCUUCUUCAGGAAAGUGGUGGACGCCAACCAGAGAGAGAGGUGGGUUUCUAACAACACCUACUGGGACUUGCGCAAGAACCCUGGCUUCAUCAACAUGGAGUAUACGUUAGCCCUGUGGUAGCACAGGGCGCCGUGGAGUCGAGGAAGCGGUUGGCCCCGGCGUGCGUCGCGCCGCAGGAGAGGAUCAGCGAGGCCUGCUGUCUAUGCACAAUCCGUCACAGUGAUCACCGCUUUGCGAGACAGAACUCAGACGUGCAUGGAAGGACGGGACCGCGAGCCCCCAGCCCGGACCUCGCCCCGUUGCCCCGGCGACCGCCUCCCUCUCCCGGAACCCGGAGUGGGAGGCGGGGGCGGGUUCAGUGGCGAGGUCAUCCUGGUCGUCCAUCCAUGGAAGCGUCCGCUGC